UGGGACGAUGCAUGACUCCGUGGUCGAGCGCAGUAUCGGAGGAAAGGCGGCGAGCGUGUCAGCGUGCCAUGGACCUGAGAUUGCAUUCUGCUCAGAAAGGGACAGCUAAGUCACUUAGUCUUUCACUGACCUGUUCCUUGUUAGUGUUGCCGUUAGGAUAACUUGACGCCUCCGUUGUAGUCACACUGGUACUGCACAGACAACGUCAGGAAUUGCAGGAAGAAGCCUUCCUUGAUGGUAUUGCAGUCAACAAAGGAAGAGAAAAGUGUAGUCUGGAUCUGUCAACUCCACCAUGAAGACCUUGAAAGGACUUACGAAGUCUGGCCUGAAGCCCAACAAAUGCACUGAUGCCAUCCGCAUUGUGAUCAUCUGUGGAACUGUGCUGAGCGCUGCGUUACACAUGGCAGUGAUCAGAGAGCCCAACUGGUGGCAUUUUGACUAUGGCUACUGGGUGCAGGAUACCACUGGCGUGACUCGACUCAAUGGUGGACUUUUCCAGGUAUGCCAGUACCAAAGGAGUCCCAUCACCACGGGCUGGACAUGUGCUGGCAUAGGCGAGGGGCCAGAAGGUCUGCUGGACACCAGAGACGGCUUACACCCAGAGUCAAAUUUGCUCCCGUUGUGGCGGGGAUUCACUGUGGGUGCACUGUUACCGGGCCUCCCAGUUAUCAUACUGUUGGCAUUCGCCUUCAGAACCAGAUUCAGGCUGAUCUUGACGAAGAUUGCAUUUGGCUGUCUACUCGCCCAGAGUUUGCUGAUGGUUGGAGGUGUCGGAGCAGCACACGAGUACAUUGUGCGUGCGUCAUGCAAGGAUUGUGAUUGGCGGGAGCUCUACACAUACAUGUGGUGCUUCUACGCAGGGUGCGCGCUCAUCGGGGCGUACAUGGUGCUCGCGCUUGUGGCCAUGGCUUCUUUCUUUCUCGAUAGGAGCGAUAUCAAAAGGAACAGAGAAGACGAGUACUCAAUCGACGAUGCCACCUCCGAUAGAACACAAACCGACAUGGCACAGGCUGAUGUAUAAAUGUCCAGUCGGCAGGCGCACAACCACCUGAACACCAUCAGUGCAAGUGCAAGCAUGUACAUAAACCAGCUGAAGCCAUUGGUGCCAGCAGCACGCGGGCACUCGUUAGACUGCUAAGUACUGCAACGAACACACCUGGCUGCAAUGCUAAAUAUUAUUGAUAACACAAAAAUCCAUUGUGCGAAAGGAUAUCAAAUACAUCACCGCUCCUUCAUUUCUGGCAAUAUACUAUAAUUCUUAGUCUGUAUUCGUUGAUGCCCUUUCCUUGAAUCUUGCUACAAUUUAUCACAAUAGUGCUGCACACAAUCCACUUACCAGUAUACCCCCCCCCCCCACCAUUUUAUACAGAGCGAAUCCGGAAUUCAGAACAAAUUCUUCACCUUUGGGUUCUAAGUUUCAGAGCAUUUAUUAGUCAAUGUUACGUAGCAUGAGUUCUCCUGGUCACCAUUGAUGCCUUGAUGCAAAUCAUUCAUUUUGAUGUGUGAUGUGCAGCUGUAUGCAAGAUUUGUAGAUUUCGUGCAAAGAGUGAAACAUCUAUCAUAUUCUCUCUAGAUUCACUAAUGGCUUCGGAUUACAAUUCUGAAUUCUCCUCUAGAAUUAGGUUCUGGUUUUAAUUCUCCCUUAUCACGUUAUGCUCAUUACAUUUUCUACUUCAAGAAGACAUUUCUGGGUAAUCACAAAUGUGGACUAUCA